AGAACUAUGCAAAGUAGUUGAAAGUAUUGUUCAGUUUCCAACGCGAUGGCUGAUACAAUGAUUAUACUUUGGUAUGUAACUCUAAGCAUGUGGACCAUAGUAAGAGUAAACAGCUUCCAAGCGACUUGGUGGCAACAAAACUAUAUAAUGGCUUGUGAGGACAACAGGUGGGCUGAUAAUCAAAUCAAGAAAGCAAAAAAUAAAUGUGAAGAAUACAAACAGUAUGCCUGCCAGUACCAAACACCCGAUGAAGAAAAUUCCGAUAAAGCUCGAAUAUUGAACGGGGAUUAUGUUUUUAACGAAGGGACGCUUCCUCAUAUGGCGUUUAUAAUGAUGAGCAUAGAAAGAAUAAUGAAUAAGAAUGUUGUGAUACAUAAGUUGGAAUGCACUGGUACGCUAAUCAGCGAUAAAUUUGUGAUGACAGCUGCUCAUUGUGUUAUGGAUAUUACAGAUUAUUACCAAGAAAUUUUGAUCAAGCUGGGAAGCGUAGACAGGGGCAGACACACGGACGGAGAAUGGCACGGUGUUGAUCGCAUCUACAAACACCCGUACUAUAAUCAUUACGAGGACUUACUUCACGAUAUUGCUUUAGUAGAACUAUCUGAAACGGUGCAGUUCAACGCUCACAUCAGGCCGAUAUGUUUGAACACAAAUUACGAGAUUAUCAAGCACAUCAGUGCCAUUGCAGCAGGAUGGGGUUACAACUAUUAUGAUGGAAGCACCUACCCACUCAAAAUGGUUGAGUUACGAAUAAACGACUCGGCAUGUGACGAUUGGUUAAGCGAUCAUAGUCCAUAUUUCAAAGUAGCCAAACAGUUCACUUUUUGUGCCGGAGAAAUAGAAAAUUACAGAUGUGGUUUCGACUCAAGUGGCCCACUACAAAUAAUACUGAUGAACAAUACAUGUCCAAACACUUAUGAGCUAAUUGGUGUACCUGCGUUUGGAUAUGACAGAAGCCCGCUGAAUUGCAGUUUUAAUAACGGUGUAUACAGCAAAGUUGAACUUUAUGUUCCUUGGAUUGCUAGCAUUGUUUGGACUGAUUCGGACGAUGAAUGAUUUUAUCAAUCAACAAAUUUAAUUCGAUUAAACUAAUUGUUUUAGGGAAAAAUUGAACAUUCGUAACUGAAUUUAUGAAAUACCUACAUACCAAUUUGUACCUACAUAUUCAACUAAAUACACCUUAUUACAUUUUCAACAAUAA